AUGUUCUCCGCUCACCUCUUACCAUCCAUGCUCCUGGCCAUCCCCGGAAUACUUUCCCUCGUCACGGCCCUCCCUGCUCCAUUGGAGGCUUCUCACAACCUCUCCAAACGUUGGUACGGAGUGGUGCAAGCUCCUGCGGAUCCAAAGUCCGGAACGGGCGUCUACACCUGGCCAGUGACAGAACGAGAUCCAAUCAGAGGCAAUUUAGCUCCGAUCUGGUACUGUUUCGAAGACGUCUAUUCCGCCAAAACUCUCACUCCAAUCGUCAGACAGGCCAUCCAGAAAUGGAGACCAGCUUUGAGUCCAAAUUCCGCGGUAGUAAUCGGACUGCACCCGGAGUGUAGAGGAAAUGGGACUCGUAUCUGUAAGAGUUUGAAGCAUGGAGAUGACGCAUUGGUCAUAUCCGACGAACGUAAGCCUGAGGGGAGUCCUUUGUCGACCACCGAUUACAAUUACAAAGACCAGGAGGCUGGGCGUCAUUAUAUUCGCUUCCGCGGUAUCGGCGGAGAUCAGACAGAAAAUGAACUCGUGCGCAGCAUGGCUCACGAACUGGGUUUGUGGAGUGACUCGUCCGCGUGGAAGAUGACGCUGAAAUGAUUUCAGGACAUGUCAUUGGGCUUGCACACGAGCAUCAGCGCGAAGGGCGUGACAGAGCCGGACUUGUCGUUCACUCCAAGUCCAUGGCCGAUUACUACCAAGUAUGUCCGGCCGAGGUUUUUGGCAGCCGAUGCUGAUUUGAUGUGAGGCCAAGACAAAAGUCAUCGACGACAAGGCGGCUCCAGAAUUUGCGCACAUCACGAAUGACGCGAAUGGCGACAGGAAGAUGGCUCUUGUGUAUGCUCGCCUUUCAAGUAUCUCCGAAUAAGCGAGCUUUGCUAAGGGAGCUCACAGGCUUCAAAAUCCUGACCUUGCCAAGGAGUAUAGCAUAGGAGAAGCCAUCAACUUCAUGAAAGGUUCGCAAAUAGGCGGUGAAUAUCUAGGAUUCCAGGAGGGUGGUCCAUUCGAUUGGCAGAGCAUCAUGCUCUACAGCUCCUGGCAAGGUGCCGCCUCACUACCGAACUCUGCUGCUCCGUCUAGUGCCAGCUCAGAAGGAAACGAAGAGGAUGCCAUAGACGAGGAGCCAUCACAUCCCUCGAUAAGUCGCGCGGUCAUAGUCCGCGAAGGUGCUGAUGGCAGAGAGCAUGCUAUCUUCCAGGGAGGCAGUUACGAUGCCAGUCUCGCGAAGCCAUCGAGAGGAGAUGUGCAGAGAGUGAUUGCUUUGUAUCCGAAACGCCAAAACAAGUCGUGA